GAAGAAGAAGAAGAAGAAGAAGAAGAAGCUACGCAGAAUGUGCAGCAAAGCUGGGCGCAACGCGUUCCUGAAUCCGCUUCCGGCGUGCCGACGCCACCGAUGCCUGUGUGUGCCCACAGACUGAUCACUGGGCUUUUACCCGAACAGCACUGAAUGGUAGCAGCUGAGUAGACGGGGUGCGGAGCGGAGGGUUUGCCAAACCCGGAGGAUUUCUCACGGCUCACGGACUAGAAUGAUCUUCUAUGUGUAUCCCCAUAAACGGAUGACAACCUCCAAACACUGAAAACUUUCAGUUCUGCAUCUUGACGCGGGGCUGUUAUUGAGAUUUUCUUUUUUUUUUUUUUUUUUACAACAACAACCAGGUCCAAGAACAGCUAGGCAUCAUGCAGGUGCAAACUGUGGGCUAAAAUGACUUGCUCGGCUCUGACGCGUUGCAUUGUGCCAUCAUAUAACCCCGCAUUGUCAGAUGGCCAUUUUACUCUGCGUUAUCCUCCCAGCGUCUGGGAUUCCUACAUACUGGGCCUGUUGUGCAAUUAGAAGUUCGUGAGUAAACAGAGCUGGUGCAAUGAGAAGCUACCAAGACAUUGUGCGCAAUUUGUGCUGAAGCUUAUAUGGGUCCUGCUGCGUACUCAAGCUCCCGGCUUCCACUUGGAGAGGUGUGCGGCUGCUGGGCUACAGCGCACUGGCUGUCGGCUUCACAUCUGGACCGCCUGGCUACUGUCAUCUGCGGCCUGUUCGGACUGUGCACUCCCUGAACUUGUGUGUGUGUGGCUGAGCUCGCCUCGGAUGGUGUCGUGUUAAGGAGAAAGGGGGUGAUUAUUGACGUUAUCGGUGAUCCACUGGGAACACCGUGGUCCAAAAGCUGGACUGGCUGACUACUCCAGGAAAAAGCGCUUAUCCAGCUAUGGAUUUUGCGUAGCGAAGUCCCGCAUUUUUAAAGGCAACGCUGCUAGGGUGACAUUGCAGUCUUCUUCUCACCACAUCGGUUAUUUCGUCGUCCGACAAAAAAAAAAAAAAAACCACGACAGAGUGAAAGUGGAGUGUUGUCCGUCACACGUAUCACCAGCGCAGUGGGAUUUCUACGUCUGGUCGGCGUUCCCCCCCACCCUUCCCGCGGUGACGGUUAUGGGUCGGAAGCGGUGUGUCGGUGCAGAUUGUUCCAAGAUGGCGGCCGGGUGCUGCGGGGUGAAGAAGCAGAAACUGUCGGGAUCGCCCGGGUCGGGGGGUCCCGGCGGGGUGGGGGCGGGAAGCGGGGUGGCAGGAACCGGACAUUGUGGCUCGGAGUUGGGGAUUGGCUCCUCCGCGACCGUUGCAGCAGCGGCGGCGAACGUGAGCAGAGCCAACGGCCUGGGGGGACCCGGGGGUAACGUUAGCGGCAGCAGCAGCAGUAGUAGUGGUAGCAGCGGCGGCGGCGGCGGCGGCACUAACGCUCUGUCUCCAGCCCCGGCCGGUUACACCUCAUCCGGCCUCUCCCCGAAUCUCAGCUCGGGAGGACCUGGCUCGGGAAGUGGUGGUGGAGGAGGCAGAAAAAUGGUCGUCUCAGCGGAGAUGUGCUGCUUCUGUUUUGACGUGCUUUAUUGCCAUCUGUACGGAUACCAACCUCCGAGAACACCCAGGUUUACAAACGAUCCCUACCCGCUGUUUGUCACAUGGAAAAUAGGCAGAGACAAGCGGUUGAGGGGUUGUAUAGGUACAUUUUCUGCCAUGAAUCUGCACUCAGGACUCAGGGAGUACACCCUAACCAGUGCCCUUAAAGACAGCCGCUUCCCCCCUAUGACAAGGGAUGAGCUGCCUCGCCUCUUCUGCUCAGUGUCUCUUCUCACCAACUUUGAAGACGUCGGUGAUUACCUUGACUGGGAGGUGGGUGUUCACGGUAUUAGGAUAGAGUUUUUCAAUGAAAAAGGAUCAAAGCGCACCGCCACCUACCUACCAGAGGUUGCAAAGGAGCAAGGUUGGGACCACAUUCAAACCAUAGAUUCCUUACUACGAAAGGGAGGUUACAAAGCUCCCAUCACAAAUGACUUCAGGAAGACCAUUAAGUUAACCAGGUACCGUAGCGAGAAGAUGACAAUGGGUUAUGCAGAGUACAUCGCCCACCGCCAGCACCAUCACUACCAGAACGGCAUUGGGCACCCUCUACCACCCUACAACCAUUAUUCCUGACAGCGAGCCGCAUGACCAAUCAUUGGACCUCUCCGCGGACCUUUUCCCAGGAGAGCCCGCCCCCUCCUGGUCUAGCUAUUUCUACUACUGUACCAUUUUAUGAUGAUAGUUUCCGUUGCCAUGCUGGCCGUCUCCCAGACGUUGACAUGGCAACGGGUGGCAACGAAGCAUCAUUCGAUUAUGGCAAGAAAUCCACAUUUCCUUUUUUCUUUGCCUGUGGUUAAGUUUUUGCAGCAUAUGUAUACCAAUAUCUAUAACCUCCCCCCCUAUCCAUUAAUAUUUUUGGAAAAUUAAACAAAGAUUUUUUUCAGCAAACCUAAUCAGGUUUUUGAUUCUGUGGAUGGAAGGAAGUCUUUUACGGUGGAUUAGUCUCGCGCUUAUAUUAUUUAGGCUUUGCUACGAUUUUACAUUUAAAAAAAAAAAAACUUUUUUUCUUGAUCUUACUAUCCAAACAUGUAUACCAUGUAGCAAGGCAACUGCAGUUCUCAAAGGCUGUGUCGUCUCUAUUCUGACUCCUCUCAAAAAAAACCUAAAAACAGAUUGACUGUUGAGCCUUGUAAACUCUUGUAGUGUUGUAGUCGGAACUAUAUAUUGGGAUCUGUAUACUCCAAAGUAUAGAUAGUAGGAUUGUGAUGCCCUUUGCUAGUAGUGUGUAUCGUUUGAGCUCACGAUCGUGUGUGUAUUUCCGUGUGUGGAUAUAGAUAUUGGUCUGCCACAAGAUGAAAAACCAGUAGAGUAAAUUGGAUUUGACCUAAAGAUUUCCCACAGAUAUUUUUUUGGAAACCGCCCCUUGAGUAUUUGUAGUGUUUUGUGGUGGAACCUGUACUCAAGUUUUGUUUGGCUAGAGCUUUCAGCCAAGUUCCCUCUCUUAUUGUUUAUGAAACUUAAGGUAAUUGUGGAGGAAGCCAUUUUUGACUGAGGAUAAUCACGUCUGCGCAGGGGAUUUGUUAAUUAUCUAUGUAAAACGGGCUACAAGUUGGUCUGAUUUCCCCGCAUUGGAGAGGGGGGAGCAGGCGCAACUUAGAUCCCUAGAGGAAAAAAAAAAAAUAUGCAUGAACAAUGCUUUCAAUUAAAUUGUCUGUUGGUUUGUGAGUUUACUGGCAGGGAGUCGCUUGACAGGGACAUGCUAUAAAGCCAUAUUCUCUUUUUAUUCCACACUUUGUAAGAGUAAUCCGUUGUUUGGCUUGAAGCGUUUGCAUUCGGUACCACUUAACUUCAUAACCUCCGGAUGCAAACUUACACCAGCCGGCCUCAGGCGGGGCUGCGCCACUGAAUACGGCGCUUUCAGUCAUUUUUGUCUUGUGUAUUGCCCGCGUCGUCGUGGAAACUUUGUCUUGCCUCUUCAGAUUAUAGCUAACCAUUUGUCACUCGUUCACAAAGUAUGAUGUAUUAAAAAAAAAUUGUCAUUUUUGAAUGAAGACGCACCACUUGACGCACAAAAGGGAGCGAUCUAAUUAAUGUGUCAUUGUGAGAAGUGCAUGUCAUUGUGCUCUUUUGAAGCAGUUUUGCAGCAAUGCAGCUAGUUGAUUUAGUUGUUUGAAACCGCACCACCACCACCUCCUAACACUCUGCUGUUCAGUGAGAUCCCGUUGAUCUGUGUGUGUCCACACGGCACAGGAAAAAGCUGAGAUCUGUGGCCUGUUUUGUCAGCUGUUUGGCAGUGGGUUACAGCAAACACAGUUGAAUUAGUCGGAGCAGAAUCUCUGCGUGGGGCCCGGCGGCUCGCAGUUAAGGUCUACAAAUAAAAAGCCGGGGCUUUGUAAGGACUUAAGAAGCCAUUUCCCAUCCAGAUAUGACUUGUUGUGAGUCCACACACACACUAGGCUAGUUGGAUUUACUUUUCCAGAAUGUUUUGAACCGUCGCGGGUCAUCAUGUGAGCCGCUCGCUUUGAGUUUUAGUUUUUGCUAACUGGAAUUUUUGAGAGGUUCUUGUUACUUGACAUCUUUUCUUCGUAACAGCCUUUACUAACUGACAGUUUAUUUUUUUUUCUUUAUGCAAAAAUGUCAAGGGCUUUUGGCACUCCAUCCACAGUAACCCGAAAUGACCCAGAUUUAAGUUGUGUUGCCUUAAAUGAAUGAUUUAGUACAUGAUGGAGCGGUAGAUGACGCUCUGACUGUUCCUCUUUGUCCCGUGGUUUUGCUCCAUCUUCACACCACAGUGCAGGAAAAGGGCCUCAGAUGUAGUUGUUUUCCUCACUUUGAAUGCUUUCUUAGACAUAUGGGGGCUCCUGUAUGCCUGCAGUCUCCUGUUUGCUCACAUCUUACCCAGCUGCUGGUCCUCAAUUCUUUCAUUUUUGAAAGCCCCCUCCCCCUCACAUAAACACAUUCUCUUGAAAAUAAUGUCAGGCACUGUGGUGGUGUUAAACCCACGGGAAAACCGUUUUCACGUUAAAAAAUGUACGCUUUCAUGCCGAACACACUACAUGGAAAGAGGAACAGUCAGGCGUCCGUUUCCCGGUCCAUUUAAUACAGCACAACCUGAAUUCUUCUGCUGCAAAACCAAAUUGACCAUGCUCUUUUACAUAUAUGUCUUUGUAUACACAUGCAAUGUAUUUAGUUGCAUGUACAUAUGAGUAUGAGACCUAUGGUUUUAUCCAUGAUAUGCUUGAUCUAUGGCUUAGACACUCUUAUUAACCAUUAAGAGAUUUAAAAGACAAAUAUGGUGCUAUCGGACCUCAUAUUGGGGUGGUCACAGCUCGUGACUGGUCAUGCGGACUCAUUGAUCAUAUCAUAACUUAAAGAUGCCGCAUGUAGGAUUUUCUCUUUUAGCGUGUUGCUGUGAAAUGACGGCACAUUUUGAAGGGUGUGGUCGUCGCCGAUACAAAACAGUAGCCCCCCCCCGGGCAUCUGUAAACCAACGUGGGCGACUUUGGGAUCAAUUCCCUAUGGGAAAACCAGACUGAUAUUCUUACACAUGAAGAAGGAAAAGUCCCCGCAGCAAACCCGUCAUAGGGGCUAUGGAAUGUACUGUUAAUGGCCGUUAUUACAAUUGAUAUAUAAAGAGAAAAUCCUACAUGUGUUAGCUUUACUAUCCUUGAUAUAUGCAGAUCUGUUCAACAGGUGUUAUUUUUAUUUCCUACCAGUGCAAGUCAACACCCACUGCAGGUUUGAAAGGACAAGAAGUCACACGUAGCCUCCCCCCUUCCCCUCCCCCCCUCGAUUACCCCCUACACUGUGGCCCAACCUCAUGGCCUAGUUUGUCAAGGUGUGAUGUGUGUCGUUCGGUAGAGAUAGUGGCAGUAAUAGUGAACCGUUGCCUCUCCUGGAAGAUCGGAUGCUGCUUUUUUCCGAGCACAUCCUCCGUUUUUCCUUUAGCUGCUGAAUCGUUUGACCUCUGAAAAAAAAAGGCAUGAUUUGUUGACUAGUGAAAAGGUCCUGUUGCUGAGGCGUUCACAGCCUCUACGUCGAAGGUAAGCAUCUCUUCUAAUGGGACGCAGAGCUAAUGUUUUACGUAGAACAACGCAGAAACUAGUCCUGCUCUCUGUACUGAUUUAACUGUUUAAAGCAUUGAUACCUCAUGGGAUAUUAUGGAACGACGACGUUUUGUAGUUUGUUGUAGCAGAUUGAGUUUUUGGUUCCAUACCAGGGUUAGAGUUCAGCCUCAGCAUUCCCUUGUGUGGUCAUUCUCAUGUUUCGUGGAAUGCUCAAGCUCGUGUUACCUUCGUAUGUUCGACUGAACCAAAGAUGCCAGCGGCCAUGCCCAAAUGCUGCUCUUCAGGCCUGGCUUCCUGUCCUUCCAAAAGACACCCCUGCAAUUGACAAAAUGUUCUUUGUCUUUUUUUUUUUUUCUUUUUUUUUUUGUGCGAUUUCUCAACUGUCUUGACUUAUUACGCAACUCAAUUUUGUCAAUGAAUUUUCAUUGAGUCUAUCUCUGAAGCCGCACAUGGCAUCAGCGAUGGUUAAAAAAAUGGUUGCAAAUUGUUGUUACUUGUUUUGUUUAUUAUUAUUAUUAUUAUUAUUAUUAUUAUUAUGAUUAGUAGUAGUAUUAGUAUUAUUGCUAUAAUUUACAAAAAUGAAAAUCCCAUGGUGUGCCUCCUAGCUUUAUGGGUUUAUAAAUGUUUUUUUUCCCUAAAGACCAGCAGUUAUACUUUGUAUAAAAGAUGGAUUUUUUUCUUAUUUUUUAUGCCAUUAAAGAUGAAAAAGCCUGUUUUCGUUACUCUGGACCCAGUAGCUGCACUGGUAUACAAUCGCACUGAUAGAUGAAUAAAAAUAAGAGAAAAAAAAGAAUAAAUGAAUCAAUAAUAAUAAUGAUAAUGACAAAUGAAAUAAGAACUACAAUAAACUUGUGUUUGAAGCUUUUAUUUAAAAAAAAACAAUUAAAAAGCAAAUAAAAAAAAAAAGAAAAUGACUGUUUUUGUACAUCAAAAUAAAUUCUUUUCAAAAGAAUAUUUUGGAUCUAGUUUCAAAAUUAUUUUAGUGGUUUUCUAUGUUCUGAAUUUUUGAGACACUGACUUCGAAGACGUGUUGCUGUACAAACUGACUUUUUUCUGUUGCAGUGGCCUGAUGGGCUGGGAGGGUUGCCUGGUGUAACUCCUCAUACCAAUUUUUUUUUUUCGUUUCCUUUCUAUUUUUUUUUUCUUUAGUAACUUGAAAAAUGUUGAUGGAAUAAUAUGAACUGGGAACUUCAAAAUCCAUCCCCUGUAGAGCUAGACCCUUCCUCCUUUCCUAUUGAAUUGCUGUUAGUGUGACAAGACUUGAAAUGGGCAUUUAUUAUGAUAGUAUGACUCCAAAAGAAAAAAACACAAAAUAAACACACAAAAAAGAAAUUAGCAAAAAAAAAAAAAAAGUGUGGGGAGGGCUGAAAGAAUAUAUAUAGAUGGGUUAUCUGAGUAUGUAAGCAAUGGCUGUGAAGAUAAUGUAGUUUUAAACAUUGUUAUUACCUUUUAAAAUCAUUUAUUCAAUAAAAAAUACAAAAUCAACUGAAACGA